GUGGCUACAUUGUAGCGACGCAUCCGCCUUCCGGGUCGAGCCGAGCCGAGCCGAGCCGAGCCAGCGCCAGCCAUGGGGCAGAUCGAAUGGGCCAUGUGGGCUAACGAACAGGCGCUGGCCGCCGGGCUCAUCAUGCUGACGGGCGGCAUCGUGGCCGUGGCCGGGCAGUUCAAGGGAUGGUACUUUGCAGCCUACGCCAUCGUGGCAGGUGUCUUGGUGUGUCUGCUCGAGUACCCCAGGAGCAAGAGGAUAAAGGGCUCCACCAUGGAGAGGUGCGGCCAGAAGUACCUGACAGCAGUGGUGAAGCUGUUUGGGCCCCUCACCAGGAAUUACUACAUCCGUGCCGUGCUGCACGCCGCCCUGGCUGUCCCUGCUGGUUUCCUCCUCUCCACCAUCCUGGGCACAGUGUGCCUGGCCAUCGCCAGCGGCAUCUACCUGCUGGCAGCAGUGCGGGGGGAGGAGUGGAGACCCAUCGAGCAGAAGCCCCGGGAGAGGCCUCACAUGGGGGACACCAUCAAGCAGCCCCCCAGCAACCCCCCGCCCCGGCCCCCCGCCGAGGCCCGCAGGAAGCAGCCGCCAGAGGCGGGGGGACAGGUCAACCCCAUCCCUGUCGAGGCUGAGUAAGGGUGGGGGGCUGCUCCUGCCGCUGUCACGCUGCUCACACUCCUGCUUCCCACUGCACCCAGCCCCUUGGGGAGGAACCCGGGGUGCCUGGCUCCUGGGGACCCCCAAAUCCCCAGGGAUGGCUCCUCAGGGGUGUCUCCAGCUCUCAGGGACCCCCAAAUCACCAGAGAUGGCUCCUCAGCGGGGUCUCCAGUUCCCAGGGACUCCCAAAUCCGCAGGGGUGGCUCCUCAGGGGCGUCUCUAGCUCCCAGGGACCCCCAAAGCCCCAGAGAUGGCUCCUCAGGGGCAUCUCUAGCUCCCAGGGACCCCCAAAUCCCCAGGGAUGGCUCCUCUGGGGGGCCUCCAGCUCCUGGGGAUCCCCAAAUCCCCAGGGCUGCUCAGCUCCCUCAGUCUCAGCUCCCAGAGGCUCCCCAGCUCCUGGGGACCCCUAAAGCCCUGGGGAUGCUCAGCUCAUCCACGGGAGGAGGAGUGUCCAGCUCUCCAGGCAGUCCCCUGUUCCUAGAGAGAUCCCCAAGUCCCUGGGAAAGCCCAUCUCUCCAAGGGGUCCCUGCAGCCCCCCAGGGAGGUGGGAAUCAGGCAGCUCUGCUCCCUGCAGUGUCUCUUGCUCAUUUUUUUGUCACUUCUGCAGUUGCUGUUGCAAUAAAAGGUGGAAAAGGCA